AUGAGGAAGCUGAGGAUUAGCGUUUAUGUCAUUUGCUUAAAGUUACAUAACUGGUUCUUCCGGCGCCUCCCCAGUCAGGGAGGGAUGCUGCGGCUCUACAGAGCGCUGGGGCAGGUCGGGGAAGAACCCAGUACUUGGGGUUCCGCUCGGCUUCCUCUUGCCGCCGAGAUGCCCAAGAAGGCUGGUGCGACGACCAAGGGUAAAAGCCAGAGCAAAGAGCCAGAGAGAUCUCUUCCUCCCUCAGGGCCUGUGGCAGUUGAUCCUAUAGGUUGUGUCACCAUAGCCAUCCAUGCCAAACCUGGCUCUAGACAAAAUGCUGUAACAGAUUUGACAGUAGAAGCCAUCAAUGUAGCUAUUGCAGCACCCCCAUCAGAGGGAGAGGCUAACGCUGAGCUCUGUCGGUAUCUUUCCAAGGUCCUAGAACUCAGGAAGAGUGAUGUGGUUUUGGAUAAGAGUGGUAAAUCUCGUGAAAAGGUGGUGAAGCUUUUGGCCUCUACAACUCCAGAAGAGAUCUUGGAGAAAUUAAAAAAGGAAGCCAAAAAAACAUGAGCAAGAAAUGAGGCCAGGUGUGGUGGCUCAUGCCUGCAAUCCCACGAGCGGCCAGAUCACCUGAGGUCAGGAGUUUAAGAUCAGCCUGACCAACAUGGUGAAACCCUGUCUCUACUAAAAGUACAAAAUUGGCUGUGUGUGAUGGUGCAUGCCUGUAAUCCUAGCUACUUGGGAGACUGAGGCAGGAGAAUCGCUUGAACCCAGGAGGCAGAGAUUGCAGUGAGCUGAGAUCGUGCCAUUGCACUCCAUCCUGGGCAACAAGAGUGAACUCCCUCUCAAAAAAAAAGAAAUGAAAAAUACAUCCUU